AUGCAAGAAUCUUCUCCAGCCACCCAGCUGCAACAAGCAGCACUUCUCCAGAACCCAGGGCCAUCAGCUCAGCUCACAGUCCAGGACCAUCCCGUCGCAUACCCAGGACCCGGAGAAGUCCUCGUCAAAUUGACCCACAGCGGGAUAUGCGGUUCGGAGCUCCGGGCACUGCACGGCUGGGGCAAGUACGAUGAAAUUAUCGGCCAUGAAGGCGUUGGGAGCAUUGUCAAACUGGGCGAUGGUGUCCCGACCGGCAUGCUCGGAAAACGCGUCGGGGUGAAAUGGCUCUAUCGAAGUUGUGGCGAAUGUGCUACCUGCCAGCGCGGAUUCGUCCACAUUUGCCCCCAACAGAUGAACACGGGUCGUUCUUGUCCCGGCACCCUGCAGCAGUUCGUGGUUGCUGACAGCAGGCAUCUGACCGAGAUACCAGACACUUUGACAGGAGAAAUUGCGGCGCCGCUGCUAUGCGCCGGUCUCACUAUGAUGGGUGCCAUCGGCCAGCUACCCGAGGACGUGGUCGCGGGCGACUGGUUGGUCAUUAUCGGGUCUGGAGGCGGUCUGGGACACAUCGGGGUUCAAAUCGCUGCCAAGGCAAAGGGAUUCAAAGUCAUUGCAGUGGACACUGGCGCGUCCAAGAGAUCUAUCUCGCUCGACUCUGGGGCCACGGCGUUUGUCGACUACGCCACCCAGGAUGUUGCAGCCGAAGUCAAGAACCUCACCGGUGAAGGCGCGGCAGCUGUGAUUGUUGUGUCAGACUCAGAGCAAGGAUUCAGGCUGUCAGCGCAUAUUGCCAGGCCGUUAGGGACUAUCCUUCUCGUCGGACUACCGCCCGAGAGUUUGGACUUACCUAUCUCAGUGAUGAUGUCUAUACGCAAGGGGCUCACUAUCAAAGGCGUGCUUGUUGGCUCUGAAGAACAGAUGCGAGAGGUUCUCCAGUACGCUGUGGAUGGGAUCGUCAAACCAUCGGUGGAAGUCUUGAAGCUGGCUCAAGUAGGUCUAGCAAUAGACAGGUUACGCAAAUGGGACAUUCCUGGUAGAAUUGUCAUUGCCUUGCCAGAGUAA